AUGUCUAGUCAAGUGGGGGCGGCCCCCCCGCCGGAAGGCGUAGUGCCCAACUUUGAAAACCCAACGGAUGUCUUGCACACCAUCAAUCUCGUUUCACAGAUCCUGUCUAUCGUAUCUGUCAGCAUUUUCAUGAUGAUCCGCUGCUAUGUGAAAUGGGCUAUGACGCCGCCUUUUCACAUCGAUGACUGGAUGGCCCUUGUGGCGUGGGUCCUGUCUAUUGCCUACAGUACCACAGCUCUCGUGAUGCAACACUAUGGUGGAGGCUAUCACGUUUACGAAAUCUCUAAGGAGAGUCUUGUUGGGUUCAAGAAGCUCACCCUACUUCUCAUCGUGAUCAGGGUCUUCGGAACCUACAAAAAGACUGUAAUAGCCACCUACGCCGUCAUCAUAUUCAUGGUCGGGUACUAUGCGCCUGUUCUUGUCAUAAAGACACUGAUCUGCCGACCCAUCGCCGGCUUCUGGGAUCCGGACUUACCGGCGGACUGCUUCAACCAGCGUGCCGUAUUUGUCGCCGACACAGCCGUCAGCGCCGUAACCGACCUCGCAGUUUUGACUAUCCCGAUACCCGUAGCCGUGACACUCAGAAUGUCCUGGUCGAAGAGGCUCAAGGUGCUCGCCAUGCUUAGCGCGGGAGGGAUAGCCACAGCCGCGAGCAUUGUUCGCAUGAUUCUCGUGGUACAGCUGCAGAAGUCGAACGAUGAGCCGGUAGAUUUCAUCCGUUUCAACCUUCUUGGAACGGCCGAAUGA